UGACUACAAAAGUAAAUAGAAAAGAAUCGAAAAGUGCAUUAAGCUUUGUGCCUUUAUCGCCAAUACUAUAUGAUAAGAGUUGCCGUACUUGUAAUGAAACUUGUAAGAAUGUCAACAAAUGUAAACACUGUAAACGUAAAUUCUGUGAUGACUGCUGGUCAAAUCAUGUCAAUGAUUUGAAAGAUGAACUAGUUAAUAUAAAUGGAGACCUCAAGACAACAGCAAAAAGAUUUGAAUGUAAAAUAAAUACCUUUCAGGUUAAAGCAAAUGAAACAAUGAAUUUCGUCAAUAGAGACAUAGAAAUUAAAAUAUUUGAAAUUAAUAAAAAAAGAGAGAGUCUCAUUAAGAAAGUUGAACAUAUGAUCGCAGCCGGAGAACUGUCAGUUAAUAAUAUAAGACAAAAGAUGCAGAAAACACAGAUGGAAAUUAACCAACAGAAGGAAAUAUCGUAUGAUAUAUUAUCUAAUAACGAGGAAAAGGUAAAAACAUUUUUAAACCUACAACAACAGGCAGCAGAAGUAAUGGCAGCUGUUGCCAUUUGGGAAUUGGAAUUGAAUGAUGUUGAGUUGGAGCUUGGAAAUGUUAAUAAAAACGGAAAGUUAUGUAUAAAAGAACAGAUUAGUCCUUUAUACAAAGCAGUCGGGAGACGCCAUGACAAAUCUACUGUUUUUGAAUCACGUAUUAGUAGUAGUAGUAGUAGUAAUAAUGCAGGUGGAACUAUGGCAGCUUAUGCCUAA